AUGAGUAUGAUGGGAGAAUUAAAUUUCUUCUUAGGACUUCAAGUGAAGCAAUCUCAGAAGGGAAAACUGAUAAGUCAGCAGAAGUACAUCAAGGAGCUACUGAAAAGGUUUGACAUGGAAGCAUCAAAAGUCAUCGACACCCCUUUUGCCACAGCUACCCGUCUAGACAUAGAUGAACCUAGUUCCCUUGUAAAUAAGACCAUGUUUAGAGGGAUCAUAGGGUCACUCCUGUAUCUCACUGCAAGCAGACCAGACAUUGUUUUCAGUGUGGGUCUUUGUGACAGCUUUGAUCUUAUUGGGUAUGCUGACGUUGAUUAUGCAGGAUAUCUAGUGGACAGGAAAAGCACGUCUAGAAUGGCACAUUUGCUGGGUUCUUUCCUAAUCUCAUGGGGUACAAGGAAGAAAAACUUGUGGCACUCUCAACUGCAAAAGCAAAAUAUGUAG